AUAUUGUAUCAAAUUAAUGCUCCUCCAAGCUCAUCAAUCAUUUGGUGGGCUCGGGAAACUCACGAUGCCUAUAAACAGAGUAAUAACUUGUUUUGCUCAUUUAAAUCCGAUAUUCAAGUGACUGGUAUGAUGAUACAUUUCAUUAUGACUGGUGGAUUACAUCCAUUUGGAGCUGAGGCUUAUGAAAUAAUUGAAAAUGUCUGCAAGGGGCGAAUUAAGUUGAAAACCACUAGUUGUGAGGUUAAUGAUUUAAUUUCUUGGAUGAUGGUAUUUGACCCAAAGAAUCGUCCCACAAUAGCAGAUAUUAUGAGUCAUGUGUUCUUCUGGGAUACAUCAAGAAAAUGGAAAUUUGUCUUAGGUUGUUGUGGAAUAGAUGGUGUUGGGCAAGCUCUCCCAUUACCUUUGACUGAAUUUCACUCUACUCUAGAUCUUAAAGCUAUGGAAGAUAAUGUCAAAGGUGACUGGGUUUCAAUAGUUAAACCUGCAUUCCCGGAUGUGAUAAUAGAUGACUCCUACUCAGAUACUCCCACAGGAUUAUUGAGAUUUAUUCGCAUUUGUAUGGAAGAACAAACGGAAAAAAAAAUUGUCAAUGGAAAUCAAAAUCUACAAAGCUUCUUUCUCUCAGCUUUUCCUGCCUUGGCCUUAAGCUUAUUUCGCAUGGUUGAAGAAACUGAAUGGAGAAAACAUCCUGUCAUAGCAAAUUUACUUAAAGAAAAUUAGAAAUGAAUGUACAACGGUGUAGAUCUUAUAUUUUCAUAUAAAAGAAGAAAGGAUCAACCUAUAUUUAAAAAUUCAGAAAAAAUUAGUAAAAUUACAAUAUCUAUUCGCAAUAAAAAUCAGAUAAUUCAUAUAAUUUCUAAAUGAUAUUCUAUUGUUAGAGGUCAAAAGUUUUAUUCCGCAAAAAGAUCUUUUAAUUUGUUUUAUCAGGAUUUUUAACAUUGUCAAUUUUUAGCAAAUAUAAGCAUAACUGCUGUAGCUCUUCAUAAAUAACAUUAAAUAUUUAAAGUAUUUUUGAUACAAUAUAUGAAAAAAAUAUAUGUCCUCUAUUAUAUUCUAUGUUUCAUAGGUUACUGAUCACUGUACUGGGAAUUUAAAUAUUAUAGUAUUUCAUGAACGGAUGUACGGUAUAUGAACAAAUAAUAUUUUAUAUGUAU